CGGAUCCCCCGAGUAGGCGGCGCCGUGGACUUGUUCCGUACGCGGUCAUGGCUGCGUUGCGUCCCCGAAGAAAUGGAAUUCUGCGCUGCGUUAUGCGUUUUUUAUCUCCAACAACUUUCGGGUCUCGUCACGUUUGGAUCGCUUCGCCCAUUUUGCUCUGCGAUGACGCGCUUUGGGAUUAAGUGAGGCUCCGGAGCAUCUGACUGAUCAGUGUGUGUGUGUGCGUGUGACAUUUUGGAAAGGAUAAACAAAUCAGAGGGAAAAAAAAAAAAGAAAACGUUUUUCUGGGGAUGCCUCAACGUACUGAUGAGCUGAAGAACGUAAGCCUAACGGCGUGGGGAGGGCAGAGCUGAGGCCGUGGGUGCGCAGGGCUUGACAUGGAGGGCCCCCCCCGGCGGGGCUGCCGGAGGGGUCGGCUGCUUCUAGGGGGACAGCCCCCCACACUAGACCUCAUUGAGAACCCCCUUUUCAACGCCCACCAACGCAGCAACACCAUGCAGUAUCACUCGACGCAGCACCAUCACCCGUCGCAUCAAGACUCCCGGCUGUACGGCUCCUCUGUGUCCUCGGACGGAGCGACAGUCCGCCAAGCGGAGCAGUCCAACAACGCCACCGGUGACCAGCCAAAGCUUUCUCGAAGCGAGACUGUCAAGAGGUACAUACGCAAAGGUACAGCUUCGUUCUUUGGUCUGGACGAGGAGUCCGCUCCGGAGAGCUGUCAGCGCUGGACGCUGCGGCGCAAGCGGCUCCUUAGCAAGCACUAUGGAGACAUCAAAGACCAGUACAUGCGUUCCAAGGACUGGCACCUGUCGCACCUGCAGCCCCUGAGGCCACCGCAGGACACGACCGAUUCCGUCGAGGUACGACGGAGCGUGUCGGCGCGAGAAACCUCCUCGGAACCGUUUCACCGCGACCCCGUGUACAAGUUGACGUGGGACGGACUCAGUUUCCUCUCCACGGAAGUGAGAAAGCGCCUGUCUGUUUCGGGCGCGGCCGCGCGCAGUGCUGUGGCACGUCAGACCUCGAGGAGAAGUUUCCUCCCCGUAGCUGACGACGUUGCCGAAGAUUCUUCCGACAUUAGCGGAUUGCAGAGGUCCCAGGGCGAGUCGGAAGACCUGGACGACGUGUUCUUCGAUGUGACGCCGAGCGGCAGCGCGUGCAGCACCGCGUCUGCCGGCGCACUUCAACAGCCGACGUGGCCCGUCGCUACGGAACAGACGUCGAACGGGAGAGAUCGUCACUCGGCUGCCAGGGCGAGUCAAGCGAAGGCCGUGUGGCAGAGGCCGGCCUCCGUCCAGCCAGCGGAGGACGUUGUGGACUCCCCUCUGCCCACCGUAGGCAUGAGGCGGAUCUGUGACAAGGUGUUGCAACACGCAAUGGACAACUCGGACCGUCGGGAGUACGGGAUGGGCCUUGUGGGGAGAAUCCUGAAGAGGAGCUUCAGGCGGGACCGCAUCACGCAGGACGUCAAGGACCAGCUGGACGAAAUUGAAGAUCACAGGCCUUACUUCACUUACUGGGUGACAACUGUACAGAUUUUAAUAGCAAUUAUUUCCCUGGCCGUGUACGGCCUCGGGCCAAUCGGCUUCCACAAGACGCAGAGGACAAGUUUGGUGAUGGUGACGACGCUCACGCUACAACAGGUGGACUUUUAUGAGCCUGACAACUUCUGGAUAGGACCCAGAGCGGCUGAUCUGGUGCACCUGGGUGCCAAAUUCACACCGUGCAUGCGGCGAGAUCGGAGAAUCCACGACAGCAUAGCCAAAGACAGACGGAAAGAACGCACGACCGCCUGCUGCAUUCGCAACGACCGUUCCGGUUGUGUGCAGACUUCGAGAGACAAGUGUUCGACACGAGGGAUUAUGGCAGGGGAAGUGAUCUCGACGUGGCGGAAGUGGAACGUGAGCCAACCGGGUCCUCCACGAUGGGUGGCGGACCCUUCAGCCGUCGGAUCAGAUCGCAGCGUUACUCAAAGGCGCCUGUCGGGAUCAGUCUGUGGACAGGACCCCAGGUACUGCGAGGAGCCAGCGUCGGUGUUCCCGUACGAGUGGCCAGACGACAUCACGCGGUGGCCAGUGUGCCGGCGACCCCAGUGGAGCCGCAAGGCACCCGACGCCCACAUGUCAUGCGAAGUGGUGGGGCGUCCCUGUUGCAUAGGCGUCUACGGGGAGUGCCACAUCACCACCCGCGAUUAUUGCGACUUUGUUCGGGGAUUCUUCCACGAGGAGGCUGCUCUCUGCUCGCAGGUGUCCUGUCUUAACGAUGUUUGCGGCAUGAUUCCUUUCCAUAACCCUGAAGUGCCUGACCAGUUCUAUCGGUUGUGGACUUCGCUGUUCCUUCAUGCAGGGAUUUUCCACCUGACAAUAACUGUGAUAGUUCAAUUGUUUGUCAUGCGAGACCUGGAGAAGCUGGCGGGCCCCGUUCGAACGGCCAUCAUCUACAUGAGCUCUGGGGUGGCUGGAAACUUGGCCAGUGCCAUAUUUGUGCCCUACAGGGCUGAGGUUGGUCCCGCAGGAUCCCAGUUUGGCCUGCUGGCGUGUCUCUUCGUCGAAGUAAUCCACUGCUGGCAGAUGCUGAGGCGGCCCAGCAGCGCCUUCCUGAAGCUGGUGGCGGUCGCGGUUGCUCUGUUCACCAUCGGCCUGCUGCCCUGGGUGGACAACUACGCCCACCUGUUUGGCUUCAUCUUCGGCUUCUUGCUGGCGUACGCGCUGCUGCCCUUUGUGUCGUUUGGCAGCUACGACCGGACGACCAAAGUAGUGCUCAUCUGCCUGUGCCUCGUGGUGGCGGUGGCCCUCUUCUUGGGCCUGGUCGUUCUCUUCUACGUGCACCCCAUCUACGAGUGCUCCUUCUGUCACUACUUCAACUGCCUGCCCAUCACGCAGGACCUCUGUGACAGUCAUCGCAUCAACGUCACGCGCCAGGAUACGUGAUUACGCGCGACGCGGGGGGAGCUUCAUCCGGGGAUUUUUUUUUCAUUUCCUGUUGAACCUGGAUUUCCGGUGACGAUGUUGUGUGCGGAGCGGUCGAAGGAGGGAGGGAGGGGGUUUUGCUCAAAUGUGUUCUUGGGUUUGCUCACGUGCUAGUCAUUUGUUUUUUUCAUCGUCUGCGUUAGGAGCCGCUUGGUUGUCGCUUGGUUUUGAAGGCGUUCGGAUCCGCCUUUGUGGCGUCCGAUCUUGUUGCGGACCGUCUGAGUAGUCGCUGCCUCAGCGAAAUCCUUUACUCCUGCCGAUGUGAAAACGUCAAAGCUUGGUGCGGAGUGCCGUGUUUGUUCGAAUGUCGGUCGACUCAUUCUGCCGUACUUAUCUGCCUAAUUAACGCGCGCAUAGUGCCAUAGGGGAAGUGUUCAAGAAAGAAGUAACAAAACCAACUCAACUUGUGUUGGUUGUGUGUGUUUUUGUCCUGUGCUCCCCAAACUCAGGGGGGUGUUAUUUACAGAAGGAAAAAGAAAGGGGCGACGUUUAGGCGCCGACGUGUGAAGUGCGUCAGUUACGCGAGUAAAUGCGGCAUUUUGUUCCGCGACGUAUGGCGGAACAGUCGUCCGACGAAUUUCGGGCAUCGGUCAGGCAUCCGCACGAUUGUACCUCGCGAAAGAAAAGAAGAAAAUUUAAGAAAGAAAAAUUAAAAUAUAAAAAUUUUAAUUAAAUUAAAAUUAAAAAUUUAAGAAAGAAAAAUUAAGAGUGAGUCAACCCACAUUCGAACAAAUACGGGUAAGGACUCGUGCACCAAAAACAAAAAAGCAAUACGAAAGCCAAAGAUAAUUGUACGAGAUUGUUAUCGCGCUAACCGAGACAGAUAUACUUGUCGCUUAUCGCCUCGCAUCAAUCGUUCCGUGUUCUUGUCGCUGUAAUUAGAUGUUUUGCGGCCUCUUUCUUACCAUUUUUAAUUUCGUUUUUAGUUUUUAGAGAGAUAAUUUUACGAGUUGCCUUCUAUUUUUACCCGUUUCGUUUCUCCUUCCGUCUUGAUACGAAAUGUUUGUGAGAAGAGGGCAAACCCGUUUUUCGUGGGAGACCCCUCCGAGUACAUAUAUAUAUACGCAUUUUUGUUACGACGCGACAAAUAUAUUAUUUCCGUUGAUCCUGCUGUUUAGGGACUGGGACAACCGUUGGGAGUUAUAUCUGGGACUGGUGUUGUUGACUCGCCGGAGCAUGGGUGCGCGCCCCCGUUACAUUGUGUGUGUGUGUGUGUGUGUGGUGUGCGUGAAGUCCUGUAUAAAUGUGUGGAACACUGUACAUAGCACGACACGCGGCCGUCAUCGAAAGCGCCUGUGGAAGUUUUGUACCUUUUUACGGUCGGGUCCCUAAGUUUCGAAGAGAGUGCAACAGCAGAAGAAAAAAAAGAUGUUUGUCUCCGUAUAUCAUAUGCAAAUUUAACCAGUUUCCCCCCCCGAAAAGGGGGACAAAAGAAAAAGGACCUGGGGGAAGCAACCAGAUGAGCACUGAAACAUUCUUGACUGUAAUAAAUCUAUUUUAAUAAAUGCACACACUUUAAAUCCACUGCA